AACACACACACACACAUGCACACGCUUCUGGCGGCUGGACGGCUGUCAGCGGACAGAAGAUGGUGGCGGUUGCGGCCACCGCGUUGCCCUCCGCGCCCGGAUAGCUCCACUGCGCACAGCGCAUCGUGCGGGUGCGUCGACGCUGCCGUGGCGCACGGAGAGGGAUGGUCAGAGGACGGAUCGGAGACAAACUCCACCUCACUGAGGACGUCGCAGGGGAAUGGGACGAACUGGACAAUGCAGCAGCCAUGAUAUCCAUCACAUUUGUCUUGGGUUAAAGGGGCAAUUAUUCGGAGGUAUGGAGAUAUUCUCUUGUGCAUGAUAUGCGAUCUGAAUUAAAGUGACUGGAUCGAGGUCCGCCUCGACCCGCGGGACUGUGGUGCGGGGGGCGUGGAGGUGGAGAGCAUUUAACUAGCCCCGACUCUGUCGUCUGGCAUUACGAGGGGUGGACCGAGCUGCCCUGGGCAAACUUUACUUCAGCGAGCAGGACAGACUGGACGCUUGUAUACACUUCGUGUGAUCUGCUCCAGGACGCACGAUUAGUCCCCCCCGAGCGACCGGCAUGGUCCAGGAUACCUCCGGACGAACCUGUUCGUAUUCCUGGGGCGCACCAUGGAGAUGAAUGUGUGACACUUGGCGCGUCGCUGAGCCGAGAGGAGCGCGUCGACACGCGGGUCGCUGACAGCCGAGUUCAUGAACCAGGACAGUUCUUGUUUUGCGCACCGCGUCUCCUGCAGACCUCCUCCCACACAAGGUCCCUGGCGCGUUUGGAGACGGUGGAGCGGAGAAGUCAGGAAAGGACGCGGCUGCGUCCCGGGGAACUGUUGCGAUUAGGCCCCGCAGCGAGGAGGGAACGUGGGUGUGAAUCUGGUGGCAACUCUUCCCUCUCACGUUGCCUACAUCUGGAGUUGACCUGCCGCCUUAAAUGGACAUGUUGACUCUUUGAUCGGCCAGCACGCCAAAAAAAACAGCCGAUCCAUCUCUCGCCCGUUUUACAGAGAUGUGACAACAAACGCUGCCUGCAGAGGAUUUGUUUUUUUGUAAUGUUUGGGACUUUAACUCCCCGUAAACAAAACGCGGUUAUUUUUUACUUCUCGAGAACCCUCUUUAAAAAUCGCCUAAUGGUUUUUGUAGUUUUUCAUUUUCAACUUUUUCUCAUUUAUACGCAGUGAUUUUUGUAAUUCUGAGUUUCCAAUGAGUGAGACAGUGUGCAGGCAGCUGUGUGGACUGGAGCAAAGCAGCCAGCGAGUGAACCUUGCAGUCUCAAGUGCGUCAAAACAAACUGGGACGUAGAGGAAUGCAGGGACUGACGUCAAGAGUGGCAAUAAUGAACCGCUCAACAUCUUUGGAGGGUUUGGUGGUGUUUCUUCUGCCACUACACUGCUACCUGAGUGGACGUCUCUGAAAAGGCUUCUGUUUGUUCUCAUUGCCCUGGUACUUAUACUGUGGCCCUAUACUUUGCCUGACUUUUUUUAAAAACUGAACUAAAUCCUCUUUGUAGAUUUUGCGUAGAUCACAAAGCGACAUGGCGUCCCCCCAACAUCAACAACUCCUUCCUCACAACACAGAAGUGAGCUGUGACUCAAGUGGAGACGGAGGCGUCUCGGUGAGGAUCGGCAGCAGUGUCAGGCACAAGCAUGGAGGCGGGCCGCUGGGUUCCAUUGGGGGAGGCUUCAUCGGGGGAUCCAAGCACUGCAAGUACAGCAUCUCCUCCAGCUGCAGCUCUGGGGAGUCCGGAGUCAGGAAGCCAACGGUCAAGAGCUUUCGCACACAGAGGAAGAUGCCUCAGCUCUUCGAAAGAUCUGCAGGUCAUUUCUGGGACCCAAAGUUUGACUCUUCGAUUCUGGAGGAGGCUUGCAGAGAACGGUGUUUCCCUCAGACCCAGCGGCGCUUCCGCUUCGUGCUCUUUUACCUGAUUGCCGCUGGCUUUCUCUGGGGGUUGUACUUUGCUGCAAACCCUUCCCGCUGUGACAGGGCUGCCUUUCUCCUUCCCACUGCAUCCUUCCUGCUUUUCUGCCUCCUCCUCUUCCUCUUAACUUUCACUAAGCUCUACUCACGCUUCUACAAUCAAGCAUCUCUGCUGCUCGUAGUUGUCACCUUCAUCCUCACCCUGGCCCCCCAGAUCCAGACAUCAGGCUUCAGGGACCCAGAGUCUCCUCCACCUGCACUUGAUGUGGAAGAGUUCAGCGGCAUAGAGCCCACAUACAACUUGUCCUAUGACAGGCUUGUAGGAAGUGGCACCUGGUCCCCUUGUCUUUCUCCUGUAGGCACCUUCUCCCUCUGUAUCGAGGUUCUUCUGUUGUUGUACAGUGUUCUCCAUGUUCGCCUCUACGCUUCUGUCUUGCUUGGGUUUCUCUACUCUGUCUUUUUUGAGAGUUUGGGCUGGCUGCACCUGACCCAGGCUGGGGACAACUGGAGUAUAGCCUCUCAAUCAGACUGGGAUACUCUAAGUUGGCUGGGCCCAGCCAAAGCCUUGCUCCACCUCUGCGCCCACGCCAUCGGCAUCCAACUGUUCACCAUGUCUGAGGUGCGGUCACGCAGCACCUUCCUUAAGGUGGGACAAGCUAUAAUGCAUGGUAAAGAUCUGGAAGUGGAGAAAGCCUUGAAGGAGCGCAUGAUCCACUCUGUCAUGCCCAGAAUCGUGGCUGAUGAACUGAUGAAGCAGGGUGAUGAAGAGAUAGGUGAUAACUCUGUUAAACGAUACUCCACCAGUGGUGCAGCAGCGGCCAUCUCCAGUCCAAAACACCAUAAACGCAAGAAAACCUCCAUCCCUCGUGGUCAGAUAAUCUUCAGACCCUUCAACAUGAAACGAAUGGAGCCCGUCAGCAUCCUCUUUGCAGACAUUGUGGGCUUCACAAAAAUGUCUGCCAACAAAUCUGCUCAUGCCCUCGUGGGACUUCUGAAUGACUUGUUUGGGCGUUUUGAUAGACUUUGUGAGCUCACUGGCUGCGAAAAGAUAAGUACCUUAGGAGACUGUUACUACUGUGUGGCUGGCUGUCCUGAACCCAGACCAGACCAUGCCUAUUGCUGUGUGGAGAUGGGCCUGGGCAUGAUCCAAGCUAUCGAGCAGUUUUGCCAGGAGAAGAGGGAGAUGGUGAACAUGAGGGUGGGUGUCCAUACUGGCACUGUGCUGUGUGGUAUCCUGGGCAUGAAACGCUUCAAGUUUGAUGUUUGGUCAAACGAUGUCAACCUGGCCAACCUAAUGGAGCAACUGGGAGUGGCUGGGAAGGUCCACUUAUCACAGGCCACUGCCAACUUCCUGGAUGACCGCUACCAGCAUGAAGAUGGACAGGUCCCCGAGAGAAUAGGACAGAGUGUGGUGGCUGACCAGCUCAAAGGCCUGAAGACCUACCUGAUUUCUCGCAGGAAGGUGGAUCCUCAGUCUCUCUGUAACUGCUCCCAGCUGGGGUUGGCUGGACCAGAGCAUGCAGAUCCUUGGUGUCCCAUGCCCAGGGUGCACACACCUGACGGGGCCCCUCCGGCCUGCACCCCGGGCCCUGACAUAACCAAUUCUCCCUGUCUUUCCUGCAGUGUGGUCCUGAUACCAGGGGAGGAGCAGGAUUCGGAGGAAGGAGCGGUGAUUAAUGGCUGCCACAAUGACGACCACAAGACCAACAGCAGCAAAGUUAGCCUGAUGGACUCUUCACAUCUGAAGUGUUCCCCAGUAGUUCCUGCAGGGCGCAGCCACAAGGCCCUGAACGGACUGCUCAAUCCUCGACUGGAGGCCCUGAACAACAGCCAGACGUCGCUGUGCGAGAUGCUGCAGGAGAAGGAGAAGAAGACGUGGAGCGGAGGAGCCAUGGGCAUGGACCAUUCGGCGCUCAUCCCUCUGCGGUCCAAGAACUUCAGGGAGAGGAGCGACGCCCACUUUGUGGACGUCAUCAAAGAGGACAGCCUUAUGAAAGACUAUUUCUACAGACCUCCUAUCAACAAGCUGUGCCUCACCUUCCUGGAGAAUAGCCUGGAGUCAGCUUACCGGAUAAGCUUCCAGGAAGAGGUGGAGGCACCAGCAGCAUUUCAGACUUUAGCCAGUCCGACAUUCAGUUCUUUCCUGGACAUGCUGCUAUGCUGUUCAGUGUUUGUGGCUCUCUCGUUGGCUUGUUUCCUUCGACCAGUGGUCACCCAGCAGAAUCUGUCCACACCAGCGCUCACUCUGACAGCUGUAGCCGCUCUGCUGGAGUCUGUGGCUCUGCUGUUUUCUAUAUGCAUGGCUUUCUACCUUGACAGUACGCUGAAUUGCACUCGGGUGCUGAUGAGGGCGAUCUCAGGCUGGACGGCUCGUCACAUUAUAGGAGCUUUCCUGGUGUCCGUACCCGCCAUGGCCGUCUUCUCCCAUGUCACCUGUGACAUGAAUCUCUCCAUCCAGUUCACCAUGUUCAUCUGCUGUGCUGUCAUCAUAGCCAUCAUCCAGUACUGUAACUUCUGUCAGCUCAGCUACUGGAUGCGCUCAACUCUAGCAACAUUGGUGGGACUAGGACUGCUUGCCUUGCUCUUCAGCUCCCCCUGCAGGUCUGAUAGGCAGAGCAACAACAGUAACAACAGUAACAGCUCAAUUGUCAUGUCUGACAGCCCAGUAGACCCUAACCCACAGGACCUGCUGGGCCCUGAGGCCUGCGUGUCCUUUUUUCUUCUCCUACUCCUUGUCUGGUUCCUUAACCGUGAAUUUGAGGUCAGUUACCGCCUGCAUUACCAUGGCAACGUGGAAGCUGAUCAACACCGCAUCAAGAUCCAGAACAUGAGGGACCAGGCCGACUGGCUGCUCCGCAAUAUCAUCCCAAUCCAUGUAGCUGAGCAGCUAAAGGUCACCCAGAGCUACUCCAAAAACCACGACAACGUCGGUGUAAUAUUUGCGAGUAUUGUUAACUUCAGCGAGUUUUAUGAGGAAAGCUACGAGGGAGGCAAGGAGUGCUACCGUGUCCUCAAUGAGCUGAUUGGUGACUUUGAUGAGCUGUUACGGAAGCCUGCCUUCUCAAACAUUGAAAAGAUCAAGACCAUCGGUGCCACAUACAUGGCAGCAGCUGGUCUCAAUGCGCAGCAGUGUGCAGAUGCAGCACAUCCCCAUGCCCACCUCCGCGCUCUUUUUGAAUUUGCCCUAGAAAUGAUGCGGGUGGUUGAUGACUUCAACAAGAACAUGCUGGGAUUCGGCUUUAAGCUUCGCAUUGGAUUCAACCAUGGUCCUCUAACAGCAGGGGUAAUUGGCACCACCAAACUUCUCUAUGAUAUCUGGGGAGACACAGUAAACAUCGCCAGUCGCAUGGAUACAACAGGUGUGGAGUGUCGUGUCCAGGUCAGCGAGGAGAGCUACUGUGUGCUCAGUGGCAUGGAUUAUGAGUUUGAUUACCGUGGCACCGUUAACGUCAAGGGCAAAGGCCAGAUGAAGACCUUCCUUUACCCUAAGAGCAGUGACAGUGGCCCUGUGCCUCAGUACCAACUCUCAGUUUCGCCAGAGAUCCGGGCACAAGUUGAUGGUAGCAUUGGGCGCUCGCCCACUGAUGAAAUUGCCAGCAUGGUGCCCACAACCAGCAUUACUGCGUGCAGUACCAAUGCUAUUGUACCCAGUGCCAGCAGUGGCUCCUCUACUAGCACAGGGCUUAGCCAUGAGAAAGCGGCGGACAGCCAUGAACGACGGCCCUCUACAGAGAUUUCUCAUGCCAGACAGUCUAAGUCUCACAGUGGCCUGACAUCUACACCUGUUACCAAUCUAGAAGGACCUCCUUCUUCUGCAAACAACAAACAGCUCACCAUCUCACCCUCAGUCCAGCAAAAUACACCACAAAAUUCAACAAAGUCCCCGAAAGACGUCAAGAAGGACAAAUAUGAGGAUGGCAGUAAAGCCGGAGAGUUAACCAGACUUUAAGAAUUUGCUACAGUGAAUUGUCUACCCUUUAAGCUCUUGUUCCUGCCAGUUGGCAUUUGUAGGAUUACUGUACAUGUGGUACUAUCAAAUCAUCCACAGGCUUCUUUUCUGCAUCACUCACGCGGCAGGUUGCUUUUACUGUAAAUCGGAUUGGCUGAUGUUAUAACUGUAGGGUGUCAGGCAGGAAUAGAGACAAAGUGGGACGAUGUGAUGGCUGACUCUGAAUCUUCUCUAGCAUGCUACAGAUGCCAUCGUCUCCCAAAAACGUACUUGAUUAUCUUUACACCUUCAAUCUUGAUUAUUCCUUUCAUAUGUCUUUUAAGUGCCUUUAGAAUAGAAUAAUGUGUAGACAAAACAUUUUUGAGUGAGGAAAGGAUAGCAUAAAGGGAAAACUGUAAAUUAGCAAACUUUUGAAAAAAAAUGAAAAAAUGCUUUGCUUUUGGUACAAUUUUACUUUGUAAACCAUGUUUUUCUAUGAUAUUUUGCCUUUCAUCCACAAAGAGCUCAGAAAGCUGACCAUACAUAUGGAAAGCGCUACAGUGUGAGUAGAAUCAUAAGGUGUGCGGAGUUAAGGAAAAUAAGAUAUCACUCCAACAUAUGUAUUAGUAAAAUCUGCACUACAACACAGUCGAGCCUGUUUCCGUGUUCUUCAUGGAAGCCAGAUAACUCAUCCUGCGAGGCACAACAGAGACUAAUCGAUAUGGGCUAAGGUGUUGUGUGAUUGUGCUUGUAUGCAUACAGUGUGUUUGAGUGUGUGUGUGUAGCGAGAUCAUGCAGGGUCUAAUGAGGAGAGGUGCCUAUGAGUUACCCGACUGACUUGGUGAAACUGCUGGAUGAGGAACACUUCAGGAACGCAGUCUAAAAAAAAAAAAAUUGUGUUUGCUCAUGUGGCAGCUUUUUCUCUGGCGUCUGUUAGGAUCUUUCUAUUUCCUCAGUACUGAGGCAUGAUGGUUCUCAGCUACACUUAAUCAGCAUGCAUUGCAACAACCGGGCCAUAGAUGAGGCUUACUGCUACCAGUGUUUGUGCCCUGCCCCAUGAUCCAAACUCUGUUGGGAAGCCAGCUUGUGUUUAGUAGUGAUGAGUAUUUCAAUGGAUCCUACAAGGGACUGCUGUACCUGUAGAGUGUCCUUAGCUGUGACUUUCGAUUGAUUACAGAAACUGCCCUAGGUUUGCUUGGGAUUACACUGUGUGCUGGUUGAUAGUGCUUUCGAGACAUCGAUUAUCAAAGUGGAAUGUUGCAAAUCAAAACUUAAUGCGUUUUGUUGUAUUUAUUGUGAGACAAAACUUGAACUGUUUGCGUGAAGCUGCCCUCUCGAGUUUCUAUGAUUUUAAAGACAUUAUGGGACGCAGUUAGCAGGACGCAUUAGCGGCUUCAGUCACGCAAUGGCAUGAAACUUAAUGUGAUAGCACUGGCAGUGCACCAAAUGUAUUUCCCAUGACUCCCUAGGUGUUUUUACUCUUUUCUUUUUAUCUUAAUUGAAUCAAUGUUGUUGUGUAAAAUUAUUAAGGACAUCUAACUUACUGAACAUCUCUUGUUGUUACAUAUUCUCUAUUACUGUUUUUUAAGCCAAAAGGAUUGUGUGCUCAGAGGCAAAAAAAAGUAUGACUGAAAUCCACAUCCGUGACUUAUUUUUGACAAUUUGAAUAUCCUGAAAAGCACAUUAAUGACCAUCUUUUUUUCAAUUACUAUUUCACAAUCACUACUUUUAAGUUAUAAAGUAAAUAAGAUGAAUAUUGCAGAAUAACAAAAAGACUAAAACUAAUUGUCUGCUUUCAUCAUCCAGCUUUAAACAUAACCCUAAUAGUUAAAUAAUUUCUUUGUUGUCUAUUAGUGAAAUUAGGGUUGCUUGUGCCUUUUCAACUUUUCUCUUAACUUUUUUCAGUCACCUGUAAGUUGGUUUAAUUUUUGAACAUGCUUGUUAUUUUCUGAAAAGCUUAUGCUACGGGAAUGUUUACUGUUUUUCCUUACAGGUCAUACAAUUUUAGCUGUGCCUUUUCUUAAUAAAUACAAUUCAAUGUAAAUUUACCAAACAUAUAAAUUGGCCUUAUUGCAGUUUUAAGAAUUUCUUUGUGUGUUCCAUUUUGUACUGCAUUUAUUUCUCAGAUUUAAGUGUGGUUGUUAUGAAUGCAAUAAUAAGAGCUAAACAUCAGUGAUUUUAAAAGGGAAAACGAGCCUCUUUUCGCUUAUGAGCACACAACUCUUGAACUAGUCCAGAAUUUGUGUUUGUUUCACUACGAUAAAGGGACACUUAGAAUAACUAUUGUAUUAUUAAAUAAGGGUAAGUUCUUAAUAGAGCUCAUCAUACUUGAGUUUCAGGUAAAGCGCAUAAGCUACAUUUUUUCUUCUUCUUUUUCUUGGUAAGUUUGUUUGCUGUUUUGAAUACAGUGUUUUUAUAAACAUUCUUUUCUGGAUUAGUGUUUGUGACAACAUCAAGAUGAGGAUGUCAACUCACAUAUUUGAUUGCCAUUUUUGUUUUGUUCUACCUUUUUCUUAAAAAAUGUGCUUAUCUGUUGAAUUGGUUGGAUUCACUGAGAUGUAAGUGACAUUCUGCACCAGGAGAAUGACACACGGGGGAAACUUUGAUGCCAAAGAAUGUCAUUACCAUCUCAUGAACUUUCUCUGUAUGUUAUGUCUUGUCUCCCUCCUAAUUUGUAGGAUGUGUUGUGCAUGUUCAAGAAAGGUCAUUUAUAUAUUCACCGUUAAAACACAUUUGCACAAGGCGCUCACUUUUUAUGUACAGUAUGCCUUCAUAUUGUAUAGUGUCUGAGCAUUUUCUAUUGUUUAUAUAAGCGCAUGUACUAGAGUAUUAAAUAGUCUCAAGAACUGGGUAAUUUUAACAAUGUUGGAAUAAUAUUUGUGUAUUCUGGUAGCCUGCAUGUGUGUAAAAAUGUACGAGUGUUUGUAAAACUGUGUGUGUGUUUUGCAAGGGAUGCUUUAACCUUAGCAGGAAUGUGACCUGGACAUUUUAGUGAACCAUGUCAUCUUUAAAAGAAACGACACUAGGACAGUAAGGCUUCAGUCACUGCAGAUUUCCUUGUUUUUGAUUCAAACCGGCCAAAUAAAAUCAAUUAGGCACUACAAGAUGUCUGCAAGUAGGCAGUACUUCAGUAAGCCUGCUCCAGGCAAUUUAUAAUGGAUUGUUGCUUUCUCUGGAAACCUUUUUGUAUAUAGCACGCUAAUAGUUACGCAAGUGAAGGUUAAAAUUGAAUAAAGUCAGUUGUUGGGA